ACUCGUCAGUCUGCCGGUGACCCAGCUGGGGCGCUGGUGGUCGCCGCUCGUGGCUCGUGGGGUAAAAAAGCUACCAGACACCUUCAGCUUCAGCAAACCUACCAGAACACCCUCAAAACAUUUGGAGAGUUCUCGGCGACAUGAUGAGCUUUCGGUCCGGUAUAACAAGAAGCGCGAGGGCAUUCUUCUUUUGGAUUGCAACUGCCGUGCUCCUGAUGGUGGGAAGUCUGCAGAUUUAUCAGUCACAACGGUACUUCAGAAACUUCGGCCCGCUGUUUGUCAACUGCAGUCAUCGCUACUGUCUUCCUUCUGGCCUUUAUGGCCAGAUGUCGGUGGGCUUACCGGGUCAGAAGGCCUUUUACGGCGUGCCAGCAGAUGAGUCGUCAGUGGUACAGGACGGGUGGCGGCCACACCCGGUAAUUCCGCCGUCCGUCGCCCGUCCCCGUCUGGUGGUGGUCGUCUCGUCAGCACCGCGCAGCGGCUCCAGCUUUCUAGGUCAGCUAAUGUCAAGUCCACAUAGCGCACUGUAUUUCUUCGAGCCUUUCUGGUUUUACAAACAUCUUUACAACAAUAAGACUGCUGCUCCGUACAACUAUGAAGCAGCAAGCGACCUCCACAACCUGCUUACUUGCAAUUUGGACGCCCUGCCGCCCAUGUUUGCCGAGCGAAAACACCGUGGCUUCAUCUGGAGGAAGCCCAAGGUACUGAAGCGCGACCCCAGUAGAGCGCACCUGACUUCACUGUGUCUCAGCACUUCAAUACGUGUUAUCAAGACGAUCCGACCCCGGCUGGCAAAAGUCUUACCUCUUCUGGAGCGGACGGAUCUGGAUGUGCGGGUCAUCCACCUGGUGCGCGAUCCACGUGCGAUCCACAACUCGCUCGUGUCGAAACAUUACGCAUGGCCACAGCGACGUAGGAACGCCUCACUGCUGUGUGAGGACAUCAGAGACGAUCUACGGGCCUCUCAGAGCAUCAGCAGUGACCGCUGGACGGGCGUGAGGUACGAAGAUUUGGUGGAAAGACCAGAAGAGGAGGCCAAACGUCUCUUUGAGUUUCUGCAGCUGCCACUAACAAAGGAGACGUCAGACUUUAUACGAACACAUGCUCAAACUCAAGACUCUCCUAAAGGUCCUGACCCUGCGGGAAAUUCCACGAAUGAAAACAGCGGUCAAACGGGCGGAAACCGUGGCCAGGAUGUCGCUGACGGAACCAAAGAUGAAGAAACUCAAACAGUGGUACAAGAAGAAAACAACCGCAGCCAGAAGCGAAUAGCAACAGCUGAAGACAAGCCCUCACCACUGACAGAGGCCGAUCAUCAUGGCCAACUCCGAAACACCGUGAAAGGGAUUGCUGAGGGAAUGGGCCGAAUUUCUGAAGCAGUGAACAGUAUUUUCGCAGCUGUGGGCGGCUCAACUGACGAGAAAGGAUCGCCUGGUUCGGGUCGAUUCGCCCGAAGGUUGCAUAGGUCCAAUGUAUCGGGACACAUUCGUCCUGAUGCAAGAAACACCAUUGCUGGGGCCACACGAAGGCGACGAGACACUGCACUGGUCAGGACAUAUCGCGGCACACCACGACGCCUUCUAACAAUCGGUGAAAAAGACGAGCCUAUCCAACAGAAACUAAAACCAAAGACCAGAGGGAGUCGAGCGCCCACCUUCCGCCGUUUGACCAGAAAUGAGUAUGUCAAAGCCUUGAAAAGACGGGAAAUCUUUAAGAAGAAAAAUAGACGCAGUUAUUAUUUUGAUACUGUGCGAGGCGCAGAGUUCGAUAGACUGCACUGGAUUCGUGAGCUGCCUCCUGCCGAGCGCAACAACGUUGAAAAUGUAUGUGAAGACGUGUUGGCUAGUCUAGGCUAUCCGCUUCGCUACCCAGAUGAGAAUAAUGGGCUGUGAUCAAUUCAAGAGCAAUUUAUCAAGGGCAGUAUCAAUUAAGCUGGGUGACGAUCAGGUUUUACAUAUAACCUAGAAAUGUGAUAUUAGCAAAUAUGCAGUUCAAUGGUUAGAAUCUUCGUCAUGACUAAGUACAUGGUUAGAUUGCCAAACAUAAUUGCCAAGAGGUUGGCAUGCAUUUUUAUAUAGGAAUUUAAAGCUAGGAACCAUUUCCAACAAGUGAAACCCAGAAAUACGUAACAUGACGUCAAUGUAAUGAUAUUGCUAUUUUUCUGAUGAAUGUGUAUAGUCCAGGGUCUUACAUCAAAUUGGUGACAUCUUACACUUGUCCCUGUGGUGACCACGUGAUUUAGUGUCUUGUGCCUCACUUUUUGGACUGCAGGGGGUUUCUUGUGAUUGCUUUGUUGUCUCAUUGUGCAGAAACCCCAGAUUUUAGGGGUCUGUAAUGCCUCGCUUUCGGGAUAUGUGUGAUUAGGUGGCAUUUCCUAUUGCAUGUUUGAGCAACUACGCUUUAAACAAGCGUGAAUGCGUGAUUGUGUGUGUAUGUAUAUUUAUGAGUAUAUCAUUAUGUGGGUGGUUGCCAAGCUAUAUUGUACACGCUUGUGUUUCACUUCUUUGCCUUUUUUCAUAAUACCACGGUAUAUAAAUAUUGUUCGCAUGUUUGACGGCUAAAAACACAACGUGUCUUGUAUAACA